AUGCCUUUUUUUCGAAGUCCAAAGCCUUUUCUGGCCGUGACGUCUCAGGCCGGCAGGAAUGCAUCACUCUCAUCCAGAAGGGACUUGAGCAUCUUCGCCAUUCACACUCCAUCAUCAAGCUCAUCAUAUCGCUCGACAGCUCAAUGUCGUCAAUCACUCCGACACAAGAAGCUGAUAUCAACAUGUUCAUCACCGUCACGCCAAUCACGCUCACUGUCCACACUCCUUCAACGCCGCUAUGCAUCAACAAAACCACCAAGCGACCUCAAACACACGCCAUUGUACAACCUGCACACCUCCCUCGGUGCCAAAAUGGUUCCCUUCGCCAACUUCUCCAUGCCCCUCGAAUACCCGGACCAGUCGCAUCGAGACUCGCACCUGUGGACGCGGUCGCACGCGUCAUUAUUCGACGUGUCGCACAUGGUACAGCAUAAGCUGUCCGGAGAUUUGGCAGAGGAAUUCCUGAUGACUGUCACACCCUCGGCGAUUAAUGAGAUCGAGAAACACCACUCGACGCUGUCGUGUCUGUUAAACAAGCAGGGCGGGAUCGUCGACGAUACGGUCAUCACACGGAUUGGGAAAGACAGUUUCUACUUCGUGACCAACGCGGGACGUCGCGAUGAAGACCUGGCUUUCAUUCAAGCCGAGAUGGACGAGUUCCUCAAGGGCAAGGGUGCGUCCUCGGCCAAGAUCAUUUGGCACGUGCUGGAUCACCAUGCCCUGCUGGCAUUGCAAGGGCCCGAGUCGGCGUCUGUGCUGCAAUCUCUCAUCUUUAACGACACCGAGGACGAGACCCUGGACACGUCCCUGGAUACUCUCUACUUCGGGACGAGCAGGUGGCUGCAAUUGGCGCUGCCAAAUGGAAUGAAUACGCCUUCCCUGCUCAUCAGUCGGACAGGCUACACUGGGGAAGACGGGUUUGAAAUCUCCAUUCCCCCGGAAAAUGGCGAUGCCGCGGACCUGGCAACUUCAAUCGCAAAAGCUCUGACGGCUGACAGUUCGAAAGUCCGGUGGGCCGGCCUGGGGACGCGAGAUUCGCUCCGCCUUGAAGCUGGUAUGUGUCUCUAUGGCCACGACCUCAAUGACCAGCUCACCCCUCCCAUGGCUGCGCUAGGGUGGUUGGUGGGCAAGUCACGCCGAUCGGAUAACCUCAGCCCUCCGUUCAAUGGACAUGAAAUCAUCAACAAACAAUUUGCUUCCCCCAAGACAAUGACCGAGCGGAGGGUUGGGUUCACGAUUGAAAGAGGUCCGGCGGCGCGGGAAGGAGCGGAGAUCGUCGACCCAGGAAAUGACAAUCAGGUCAUCGGGCACAUUACCUCCGGUUGUCCUAGUCCCAGUUUGGACGGACAGAACAUUGCAAUGGGGUACAUCAAGAAUGGCUUCCAUAAAAAGGGAACCAAAGUUGGGAUCAAAGUUCGGAAGAAUAUCCGGCAGGCAGAGGUGGCAAAGAUGCCAUUUGUGGAGAACAAAUUUUAUCGACCAUGA